AUGACCUUGAAUAGCCCCUCAUUUUCGACAGGUUUUGCACUCAAUAUUCACACGGGCGUCUGCUCCCGGGUCGGACCGAGGCCUGCGGAAGGGCCCGACCUCGUGCGAGCUGUCCUCACAGAUCCCUCGUCGGCGCCUUCCGCGUGUGGCUUCGGUCUCGCGCGUGAAAAGGAGCGGCCCGAGUGUGCUGCGAGGGCGAGGCCCGCUGGCGUCACCGCUACCCCCUAUACCGCCGCUACCUUCUUCACCGCCGCCGUCGGUAUGCUCUUCACCAACGACACCGCUACCCCCUUUACCAUCGCUCCCUCCUUUGCCGCCUCCUUCUCCACCUCCGCCACCGGUAUCCCCUCCACCGCCCCGCCGGUCGCUACCCUCUUCGCUGCCGCUGAUACCCCCUUCGGUACCCUCUCUGGAAACGCGUCAUUUUCUCCGCCACCACCACCGCUGCCGCCGCUACACCCUCCUUCGUUUCCGCUGCUACUUACUCCUCCACCACCGCCACUUCCCGCUUCACCGCUUCUACCCUUGCCAUCGCCGCCGCUGUCCCUUUCACCACUUCCGCCGCCGCUGCCCCCACCACAUUCACCCUGA